AUGACAAAAGAAUUGAAUCCAAAGACAAAGGAGUACAGCUUCUUUGGUCCGAUUGGUACUGGCGCGAUAACGAUUCUCACGCCAGUUAUCACCUACUUGCUCUACUACGCCUGUCCAAACUCGUAUGAUGAUGGUACGUGCAAGCUACUCCAGAAACCAGCGCUUGGUAGACUGGCUGGAAGCGAUUUCUGGUAUUCUCUCUUCACGCUUGAGGCUUUUGCUGUAUAUCUCGCUUGGUACGCUUUCACUGUCUUCGCAUGGGCUAUUAUACCUGCACAAUGGGUACGCGGUACACAGCUGCGUGAUGGAUCGUACAAGUACUACAAGAUGAAUGCGCUAGCCACUCUUCUCAUGGCUACUGGUUUGGCUGCUGGACAGAUUCUGCGCGCAGGUCCAGAAGGAUUCACGUAUUUUGCCGAUAAUUGGAUACCUCUGCUCACUGCAUCCCUCGUCAUGUCUAUCGCUCAGUCUGUGUUCUGCUACGUGUCCUCCUUUACGCAAGGAAAACUACUUGCUUUGGGCGGCAACACGGGCAACUGUGUGCAUGAUUUCUUCAUCGGUCGCGAAUUAAACCCUUCGAUUGGAUCAUUCGAUAUCAAGACUUUCAACGAACUCAGACCAGGUCUUAUCCUCUGGUGGAUACUCGAUAUCUCUCUGGCAUGCAGACAGUUGGCCACCUUUGGCCAGCUGACCGACUCGAUGAUUCUUGUCGUCGCGUUCCACGGCUGGUAUGUGUUUGAUGCACUGUACAAUGAGUCAAUCAUUCUCACCCAAAUGGAUAUUGUUCAUGACGGGUUUGGUUACAUGUUGGCCUUCGGCGAUCUCACCUGGGUGCCUUUCACAUACUCCCUGCAAGCCCGCUUUCUUGCAUACCAUCCAAAUAUUUUAGGUCCAUCUGGAAGUGCUGCAAUUGCCGCUUUGCAGCUGUUAGGUUAUUACAUCUUCCGCACAUCCAACGCCGAGAAGAACGAGUUCAGGAAUGGCAAGAAUCCAAAGAACCUCCAGUACAUGCAAACCAAGAGGGGUACUAAGCUACUCACGUCUGGAUGGUGGGGUACACUGAGACACCCCAACUACCUCGGCGAUCUCAUAAUGGCGUUGGCGUGGAGUCUCCCAACUGGUUCACUCACACCAUUGACCUAUUUCUACCCAGCUUACUUCACCGUCUUGCUCAUCCAUAGAGCUCUUCGUGAUGAUGCACACUGUCGAGAGAAGUAUGGCGAUGAUUGGAAUGCGUACGUUGAGAAAGUGCCGUACUGCAUAUUCCCGUAUGUGUUCUGA